UUAUAAAAUCAAAAACAUAAACUUAAAAAAAAGAAAAUUAUUUUUCUUUUCAUAAACAACAACUUCGGCAUAUUUUAAUUUUUUUUUUUGUCACUGAAUAUUUCACUAGAAACUAAGAAGAAGAAAUGAGCCCAAAACGAUGGUCAAAAUCAUGAUGUCCGUUACAAAAAGAAAUGAGCUUGAAGAGCCAUUUUGCUAAAUCAUCAGCAACUAAAUUGUCCGAUCUAGAACCAUGAUAGAAAGAAAUUGUUGCAAAACCAGAGGAGAUCGAUCGGAUGUCUUUCAAAAUUCCGAUGAUAAAAGAAAAAUUAUACAUUUCAAUAAUAGAGUUAUUUUCAUUGUUUUUACUCAUUUUUAUUUUAUUUUAACUUGAAAUUUUAUAAACUUCUAAUAUCAAAUUAAAAAGAAUAUUCGAUUUUCUUACUGUUUAUAAUUGAUAAUAUCUAAUGAUUUUUAUUUCUGCUAAAUUUAUGCAUAUUUAUGUUCCAUUUAAAUCAUAUUUCUCCAAAAUUAUGCAAAAUAAUUUUAACUGCAUGCACUUACCAAUCAUAAUUCAGAACCAGACACUUGUUAAUACAAGUAUCAGUUCUUAUCAUGAAAGUUUGGCUAUGAAAAUGUAACUAUACUCCAAAACUGAAUGCUAAAUUUACUUCCUCCAAAAAAAAUUGCAUUCAGAUCUAAUAUCCCUGAAAUGGUAUGAUAUUCAUAUAUAGAUGAAUAUGUUUAGAUUUAGAUAAUAUACAUCCAUUUAAAAUAAUUCAGACAUUGAUAUGUAUAUAUAAACGAUACUCCAUUAUUAUCAAAUUAUAAUAUACACACAAGAAAAAAAAACAGAGUUAACCAUGACAAGACAAAAGGUGAAGAUGGCUUUCAUUGAAAAUGAGUUCUCAAGGAAAGCAACAUACAAGAAAAGAAAGAGAGGUAUCUUGAAGAAAGCCAACGAGUUAGCAACUCUCUGUGGCGUCCCAGUCGGUGUAAUCAUCGACAGUCCGUACGACUUGACCCCGGAGGUGUGGCCAUCGAGAGAAGAUAUGGACAAUGUUCUGUCCCAGUGGCAGAGGUUGCCGGUGAUGGACAGGACCAAGAAGAUGCUAAACCAAGAGUCUUAUCUUAAACAGAGUAUCUCCAAAGCAACUGAGACAUGUAAGAAGCUGACCAAAGAAAACAAAGAGUUGGAGAUGAAAGAGGUAAUGUUUGAUUGUCUUAGUGGCAAGACUUCACCACCUCGUAUUGAGAAAAGUGAUCUUCGUGGUUGUGGUAAUGUCAUUGAGCAGUACCUAAGAAAUCUUAAUCGUAGGAUUGAGAUUCUUAGUAAGAACGACGGAGCGUCUUCUUCAUCUGUUCAUGCUGCUGCUACAACAUCUGUUGCCAUGCCUAUAGUUGAGUUGGGUUCUUCUUCAACCUCAUUUUGCGAUAUGAUUCGUCAACAGCAGAUUCAAAGUAAUAUGAAUCAGAACGUUAGGGGCUUGGAUCUGAAUCAGCAACAGUGGUGAGCAUUGGUGAACAUCCUUAAGAGGUCUCUGAUCAUGUUUCUGUUUCGUCAAACUAUCAAUAAAAAUAUAUUUAAGCAUCUUUUUGUUUUAGUUACAUGUAUUCAAUAUUCAUUGCUUUUACAUGUAAUGCAUUUUUAUCUUUAAUGACAAUUCAUUUUCUCAA